AUGGUGUCAUUGUUAAGGUAUGCUCUUCAAAUCCCAAAUCUCUCUCCUUAUUGUGUUCUCCACUCCGCUCUCCGUCUUUGCUUCCCUUCAACUUCAUCCCUACACUCUCACUCUCAGCCCCACUCGCUUGACGAAGCUGUUGAUUCCUUCACUCGCAUGCUUUCUAAGCGUCACCCCCCAUCCAUCAUUCAAUUCACCAAGAUUUUGGGAUCUCUUGCCAAGACCAACCAUUUCCCCACCGCCAUUUCCCUUUUUCAGCAAUUGCAAGCCAGGGGAAUUUCUCCCAACUUAUUUACUUUGAAUAUCUUAAUCAAUUGUUGCUGCGGCAUGGGUCGGAUCACUCUCGCUUUCUCUGUAUUCGCCAAGAUUCUCAAGAUGAGUUUUCAGCCUGAUACCAUAACAUUGACUACCCUCAUUAAAGGUCUCUUUCUCUGUGGUAAGGUUGAAAAAGCACUGCACCUUCACGACACAAUGCUGGCUCAAGGAUUUCAGUUUAAUGAAGUCACUUAUGGGACGUUGAUCAAUGGGCUCUGUAAGACCGGACACACAUCAGCUGCUAUUCAAGUGCUGAGAAAGAUCCCACGGCAUGGGAUUGUUCCUAAUGUCGUCAUGUACACGCAAUUAUUGAUAGCCUCUGCAAGGUUACACUUGUAA